CUGUCUCAGAAUUUAAUUUAUUUUUUUUUACCUCCAUUCCAAAAGAGUGUUUCAAGGGAAAGAGCGCUGACAAGCAAGGCUGACUGACGACAGCAUUCUGUAUUUGUGUUAGACGUGUGGAUUGUACAUUUUGACAGGAGCUUAUUUUCCAAUGUCACUGUCUCGUCCACCUCCCCCAGUUGUAGGAAAAGUUAAUCAUUACAGUAUUGAAUUAUUCUGGAAUGACCCACUGGACAAAGCUAAAGAGGAGGCUGGAGGGAAGGAGUUGGUCAAGGUCUCUCUCCAGGAACAGGACAGACACAAUCAGUGGGGAAAUGUCUAUACGGGUUAUGCUCACUCUCACACAGUCACCGGGGCUGACCCCCAGACUACUUACAAAUACAGGAUACGUUUCAUGACCAGCAAUGAGAACACCGAAUGGAGCCCACAUCUUACAGUGUCCACAACCAAGGAACCUCUCAAUGGAGACCAUUUACACAGAGCCAUCAUCAGAGAGGACCACAUGGAGAUAGAGAGAAUACUGGACACUGGAGAUGUGCCGAUUGAUGUCCCUGAUAAGUAUGGUUUCACUGGACUGAUGCAGGCCUCGCAGAAAGGAUACACAGAGAAAAAUGCCGAUUCUGAAGAGAGUAUAAUGGAGAUUUUGAUCAGGCAUGGUGCAGACGUCAAUGCGCAAAAUGAUUCUGGCAAAACUGCGUUAAUGCUGGCGUGUUAUGCUGGUCAGUUUGAAGCAGUUAAGCUGUUGAGAGAUCAGGGCGCUAAGUAUGAUGACUUUGACCGAGGCGGAUCCACCCCUAUACACUGGGCAGUGGAUGGAGGGAACAUCAGACUCCUAGAGUGGAUAAUUAAGGACGGGGCUGAUGCUAACAUGAGGGACCACUCUCAUGGAUGGACUCCACUUAUACGAUGUGCAUCACUUAGUGGUAACCGGAGCGUGGCCUUGACCCUGCUGUUGGCUGGAGCUGAAAUGAAUGUUCAGGAUAAGGAUGGCAAGACUGCCCUGAUGGUGGCCAUUAUCAAUGGGCAUCAAGACUUAGUGGAAUUAUUGCUCCAACGGAAUGCUGAUAUUACUGUCAAAAACCUGUAUGGGAAAACUGCUUAUGAAAUGGCUCAUUCCAUGGAGAGAAGGAAAAUUGCACGAACAAUUGAAGAUUAUGUACAGAGUAAGGGCAUUAAAAUGAAAGGAGCCAUUCUGGCAUAAAGGCAGGCAACCUGAUGGACACCAGCCUAAUAUAACACUCUGCACGAUGCAUCAUUUAAAUGAACACAACACCAAGAACGAAAUCCAGUCAAGGAAUGCGAAAUAAAAUGUUUGUGUUUAUAGCAUUAGAAUAAGUAGAUGUGGAUCCACAAGCACUCGUUCAGAUAUAGGAGUUUUACUUUACAAUGUUUAUAAAGUAUAGCUAGGUAAUUAUCAUAGCAUGGAAGUUAAUGCAUGAUCUUUAGUGGAAAGUAAAUCAUUGGUUUUGUUGUUGGUUUCUGUAAGUCCGUCCUUAAUUGUCAUAUCAUAUAAUGAUAUGCUGUUUCCAUCCAGCUGCUGUCUGGAUUAUGUAAUUUUAUCUGGGUUGUGUCAUUUCCAGUUGAGACAGCUUUGGGGAGGAAGGGUGGGGGGUGUAUGUUCUGAAUCUUUUUAUAGUGUAACACGGUGAUUUUUCUUCCCAGAGUAGAGAGGACACAUAAGCAGAGUAAACUGUAAAAAUACUUUUCAUUGAAAUUGUGCACAGUGUUUAAGAUUGAAUAUUAAAGGGGCAUUUUGCUGUCAUUUUGUCAUCAAAAAUUUAAUUCAACGAAAAUUGCUUUAUAUGAUAUAUUUCAGUAAACACCAGUAUUUUAUUCUUUAAACACUUUUUAACCUCAAAGCAGGCAUAUGAAUGUGAAAUUUUGGUGAUUAAAUAAUUAUUGUCUUGCAAGAUUUAUAUAUUUCUGUACACUAAAAGUGGUUAUCUAACAUAGUUUUAUUAGGCUUCUCUCGUAUUUGUACCAAAUAUUUGUUUUUAUUAGUUAUUGAUAUACAUUCCUAUGCCAUAGAGAGAUUUUGAAAGAAAAAAUGGUUACCAUCACUUUCACAGCUAAUGCCCCAACUGUAGACUUACACACAGUGAUUGCACAGAUAUUGAAGAAAUGUCCCUCCUAUUCUGAAGAGAAUUUGAUAGCACUUGAUAUGGAGUCAGGAGUUUUGUUAAGCAAUGUUAUGCUAGAGCAUGAAUCCAGAUCUACAUCACACAGAUCCAGAUCUAAAUCCCAUAGAUCCAGUUCCAACUCUCACAGAUCCAGACUCAAAUUAUACAAGUCUAGGUUAAUAAUACAUGCUCACAGACCGGAAUUCAAAUUUACAACAAUCCAGACCUGCAUUUGACAUUACACAGGCAUAGGUUCAUAACACACAGGUCAAGAUUCAAGUUACCCUGAUCCAGACCUGCAUUUGACAGAUCCAGACCCAAAUUGACUUUUUUUUUAAUGUCAAUCAAAACAUAGACAUUCACCUAGCAUGUUACAAAAAUGCUUUAAUAAACAUUUAACAUUGUUACAUCCUUUAGAAUGUUUGUACCAAAGUGUUUUUUUUUUUCAUGAUGAUGUUACUUGUAUCCUAGGCCAUCACAACACAUAUGAUUUAUACAGAAAGUUUGAACUUUUUUUCAUUAUUUAUUACUAUUCUGACAUAAGAUAUAGAUAUGCAAGAUACAUGCUACAGAUGAUGCAAUAUACAUGUAGAUGUUAGAAUUCGUAAUUUGUUCUCUAUUAAGUAUCACUGUUAAGGUUUUAAUGAUUGCAAUUCAUUCAUCUGACAAAAAUGUUAAAAUGUGUCAUAUCAUCCUGUGCAUAUUGUCAAGUGUAAUCUUUUAUUUAUGGAAGACAAAAAUCAUUGAAUGUUUUUCUGUAAUGUUGUUUUAUUAUCCGUCCACACUGAUGUAUUCUUGAUAAAAUAUUUUACCUGACAACUUGUAAAGUACAUUUCUGUUAUGUCUGCAAUAUCUCAUAUUGGUAUUUUUAAAAUGUAUAUUUAUAGAAAAUGUGGCACAUCCUUAUGUAGUUACUGUAUGAUGAAGACAUUCCAAAGUCGUAGAUCUCUUAGUGCCAAUAGAAUCUGAGAACAUAUAUGAAUGUUACUAUAAGAAUAUUAUGUGUUAAACCAUGCAGUUUCUUGUGAAUGUUAGACUGUGUUUAAUCUUUUUAUUAAUGCAGAUGCCUUCUUUGAGAUUGUGAUGUAUACAAACAUAGGCGCUUGACAUUUAAAACAAAAAAAUCACAUAUAUUGAAAAUUACUCACCUACACUCAAUACUGCAUAGUAUUUACUCUCAAUACUGCACAGUAUUUAGUGUAGGUAAGUGAUCUUCAAUAAUAUUAUGUGAUUAUUUUUUAAGCAAUGUCAAGCACCUGUUUAUAAAAAGUGCUUUAUACAAGAGAUUGUUCCACUGCAGUGUACGAAAUUCCAGUUCUACCUGUACACACCGGACACAUUGAAUCUGGUGCGGGCAUUUUGACUUUUUUAUUUGAUUUCAUCUAAGCUGGUCAUUUUAGAAUUUACUUGUUUUUAUACACCCGUCAAAGACGGAACAUAUUAUGGUACAUGUAUUGUGUUGUCUGUCUGUACGUCUGUAUACAAAAUGAACCGUAAGCUAUAGGAUCUUACAACUUGGUAUAUUUAAUCACCAUGAUGAGAGGAAGAUGUCUAUUGUUUUUCAAGAUCAAAGAUCAAAGUUGUAGUAUCAGUUGAUCGAAAAACCUUGUAGGCAGAAUACAGACCAAACUAUUGGGACCAGGACCAUCAAACUUGGUACACUACUCCUCAUGCCAAGUGGAGGACGCCUUUUGUUCUUUAAGGUCAUAGGUCAAGGUGGUAGUAUCACUAAGUAAGAAAACCUUGUAGGCAAGAUACAGAUUGAACCAUUGGGGCUAGGACCAUCAAAUUUGGUACACAUACGCCGUAUGCCUAUUGUUUCUCAACAUCAAAGGUCAAGGACAUAGUAAUACUUGGUAGAAAAACCUUGUUUUCGUUAUGAAUACAGAUUUUGCCCAGCAAUUUAGUCUUGAGCUUCCUUUCAAAGUAAUAUAAGUUCGAUUUGCAUUUCAUCUGGAUUGGUGCACCAUGACCUACUUUAGGGCUAAAAGAAGGUCAAAUAGUUUUUGAUACUUUUUUUCAUCGUGUAUACAGAUGUUGCACUGACAUCUUGUCACAACCUCGCUCUCAGAGAAAUCAGUUCACAUGUCAGAUGGACUGGUGCACCUCGACCUACUUUAAGGCUUUUCUAUUCGGAAUGUGUAUGAUAUCAAUUCAGAGUGCACAAUGUGCUUCCAGGUUCAAUGGGUGUAUGUUGUACCAUUUGUGGUACUCAUGUUACAAUUAAGAUAGGAAUUACAACCAAAUUGAAGGUCCUAAAAAAUUCUGAUAAUUUUUGUAUUAAGUAAGCUAAACAUGAAAACAUUAAGAUUGAUUUUGGUUGGUUUACUGUGGUUCUGAAUUAACUCGGGUGGUAGAGGUGAAAUCACAUACAUGUGUAUAUUCACUCUACAAUAGUUCAUUUAAUUUCUGUAUAGAGAUAAGCUGAUCUGUUUUGAGCAAGUAGUGGGUUUAAUUAAGUUAACCUGUUUGGAAUGAGUAGUGGGUUAAGUUUACCUGUUUGGAAUGAGUAGUGGGUUAAGUUUACCUGUUUGGAAUGAGUAGUGGGUUAAGUUAACCUGUUUGGAAUGAGUAGUGGGUUAAGUUAACCUAGACCAAACGCAGUGGAACACUAAAGUGAGUUAAGCAGCACCUGUAACUUUAUAGCAUAUCUUUUACAUUUUUUAGAUAUAACAAAGUUCUUGGAAUUUUAUUUCAACUUUAACUUUUUUUUUUUUAAAUGUAUAAUUUUAUUAGGUUGUUACAAUGCUGAAGUAUAUUUUAGAUUCCUUAUUCUACGCGAGUACUUAAUAUUGCAAAAUAUCUCAUGGACGUCAAAUCGCAUGAUCAUAAAUUCGUGAAUGUUCUAUUAAUCAAGAGUUUUAACUCGUAUUUCAAAAAUAUAAAAAUAAAAGUAAACAAUUUUAUUUAGUGAGUGUUGCUUUUUGCGAAAUUACGUGAUAAUCAAGUCCUCAUUUAGGAAUCUUCAGUAACCAGAGUUAACUUUAGGUUACGUUUAUCCAGAUUAACUUCACCCAUUGUGAACUCCAGGUCCUUUUUUAAUAUAAUUUUUUUAAAAAUAUUCAAUACACGCAGGUUUGCUGGGUUUUAGCAGGUCUGUCUAAUUUUCAAAGUAAUCAGCCCUGCUGCUCCAGCUAAAGUUGUAGCGAAUUUCGUACAUUGUCCACAGAACUUGGAAUCUACAGAGCAGCUGCCAUUCCAAAUCUUGUAGUGUUCUCUUGUCAUUUAUUUUUGUUAUUAGAGAUAUUUGCAGAAAAUGAUCUUUAUUUUAUAUGUGAAAUGUUUAAUAAAUAAAUUUGACACACUA